AUGUCCUGCCUGUCAUCUACCCCGAUUCUUCUUGCUGUUCCAGAACUGAAGCAUGCAGACCGUCACAGUGAUGUGGAAAGCACAGUGGCGAAUGAGCACAGCGACAUUGAAAGUGUCGAGGACUCUUGCCCCUCCGAAGUCCCAUCGCCGCGCUCCAGUGGUACGGCUGACGCGUGCGAAGACGAGGAGAGCAAAUGCAACGUUGUUGUGAGGAGCACGUUCAUCGAUGUGGAUGAUGGGCGAAGCCUGAUGCAGCGCUACAGGCAGCUGCGCCGAGCGAUGUCAGAUUCGCUCUUGAUGGGUGCCUUUGCCGAGGAGGAGCCGUAUUACCCAG